AUGCCCAGCGCUAUCUUCCACAACGGGCGCUUCUUCACGGCGGACCGUGGCGGCGCCAACCACGCCUUUGCCUCGUGCGCCGUCGUCGACACGGACACGGGGCUCAUCACGCACGUCGGCCACGAGGGCGACAGCGAGACAGGCGGCCAUGGCGGCGUCACGCGGCACGACCUGGCCGGCCAUGUCGUCCUCCCGGGCUUCAUCGACGGGCACAUGCACCUGCUCAUGAUGGGCCAGUCCCUGCAGAAGUGCGGGCUGGAGCACUGCAAGAGCCUCGCCGACAUCCGGGCCACCAUUGCCGCCUUUGCAGCGGCGAACCCGGGCCUGCCGCGCAUCAUGUGCAAGGGCUGGAUGCACUCGAUGACGGACGGCCAGGCGCUGGCGAGCAUGCUCGACGACCUGGACCCGCGGCCCAUCUUUAUCGACUCCAAGGACCUGCACUCGGCCUGGUGCAACACGGCGGCGCUCGCGGAGCUGGGCGUGCUGGAGGACAUGCCGGACCCGGAGGGCGGCAAGAUCCACCGCGACGCAGCGACGGGGCGGGCGUCCGGGUACCUGACCGAGUCGGCGGCCGUCGUCAUAGUGUGGCCGCACGUGGCCAAGGUGGCGAGCACGCAGCAGAAGCUCGACGCCAUCCGGGCGGCCGUGGACGCGUACAACGCGGCGGGCUACACGGGGCUCGUCGAGAUGGCCAUGGACGAGAACGCGUGGGAGGCGCUGCAGCUGCUGCGCCGCACGACCCUCGCCGAGACCGGCCAGCCGCUGCCGAUGCGCUUCGCCGUGCACUGGCUCAUCACGCCCACAAAGACCGAGGCCGCCAACCUCGCCCAGGUCGACCGCGCCAUCGCCCUCGCCCGCGAGUACAGCGCCGCCGCCAGCCCGGACUGCCGCGUCGUCGGCAUCAAGAUCAUCUGCGACGGCAUCGUCGACGGCUGCACCGCCGCCCUCACCCAGCCCUACGCCGGCCCCCACGCCGGUGCCGACUGCGCGCCCAUCUGGUCCCCCGCCGAGCUCGCCCCCGUCGUCCGCAAGGCCGACGCCGCCGGUCUGCAGUGCGCCCUCCACGCCAUUGGCGACCUGGCCAUCCGCAACGCCAUCGACGCCCUCGAGCACCACGCCACCCCGGGCCGCCGCCACCGCAUCGAGCACCUCGAGCUCGCCUCCGCCGCCGACGCCGCCCGCCUCGGCCGCCUCGGCAUCACCGCCUCCAUCCAGCCCGUCCACGCAGACCCGGCCAUCCUGCGCGCCUGGCCCGCCCUGCUCGGACACGAGCGCUGCGGCCGCGCCUUUGCCUACAAGGACUUUGCCGACUCGGGUGCCGUCCUGGCCCUCGGCUCCGACGCGCCUACCGCCCCGCACGCCCCCAUGCGCAACCUCUACACGGCCACCACCCGCCGCUCCGCCCGCGAGCCAGACCUCGAGGACACGGUCAACCCGCACUUCGCCCUCGACCUGGCCGCCGCCGUGAGCGCCGCCACCGCCGGGAGCGCCUACAGCUGCUUCGCCGACGCCUGGGCGGGCACCAUAACCCCGGGCAAGUCGGCAGACUUUGCCGUCGUCGACAUGCACUGGGACAAGGACAAGCUGCUCGGCUCCAGGGUCGUGCAGACGUGGUUCAAGGGCGGCAAGGUCUUUGAUGUUCAACAACAACAACAACAACAACAACAAUAA